AUUUUACAGUGGACAUCACCAGAAAAUGUACCCUUCGUAUACAUGGGUCAGGGACAAGAAGGCUUCAUUAAUAGAAACUGUCCUAAAACAAGCUGUUACGUGACAAGUAAUCGGUCAUUUCUUGGAGAUUAUACUAACUUCGACGUCGUUGUCUUUGCCGGGCCCGAAGUUGUACAAAUGGAAAGAAAUUACUUGCCUCACAGAAGAUCACUUCAUCAGAAAUAUGUUUUCGCGUCUAUUGAAUCCUCUGAUAACUAUCCUGUAUGUUCUAACAGAUUUAAUAACUAUUUUAAUUGGACUUGGACAUACAAAUUGAAUUCUGACGCUCAAUGGGGUUAUAUGGUUAUAAGAGAUGCUGAGAACAAUGUUAUUGGUCCGAAAGCAGACAUGCACUGGAUGAAAUUAGAUGAAAUGGCACCUAUUAGUGAAGAACUAGGAUAUAAAUUGAAAAAUAAAACUAAAGCAGCCGCUUGGUUUGUAUCAAACUGUAUAUCACGAAGUAGACGAAAUAGUUACGUUCUUGAUUUAGCAGCUGAACUAACUAAAUACGAUCUGAAGAUAGAUAUUUAUGGUGAUUGUGGUAAUUUGAAAUGUUCCCGCGAUAAUGAAGAGGAAUGUGACAAAAUGAUAGAAAGAGAAUACUUCUUUUAUUUGUCUUUCGAGAAUUCCUUCGCGAAAGAUUAUGUGACUGAAAAAUUGUUGCAUCCCUUGAGAAAUCUUGCGGUGCCAAUAGUGUAUGGUGGAGCAAAUUAUAGUAGAUUUAUGCCUGAUGGUAUUUACCUCAACGCAAGGGAAUUAGGUCCAAAAAGAUUAGCAGAAAGAAUGAACGAGUUAAUAGAAGAUCAAAACAAAUACGCCGAAUAUUUUAAAUGGCGGAAUCACUAUUCCUACCACAAAAGACACGAAUCAGUCGAAACAGACGAUUAUUGCAGAUUCUGUUCCAUAUUGUUUGAUGAAACUUUGGUAGAAACAAAAUCGGUUUAUAAGAAUUUCAAAAAGUGGUGGGAUCCUCCUUACAGAUGUUCGAGAAGAAAAAAAGAUACACAAAAUGAACGAAGAGAUCGUAAAUCACAUGUGUUAAUCAGACCUCAACUAAGCUUUUAUGAGUAA